AUGCUGUCUGAUAAUUAUAAACAGAUAAAAUUUAGCAAUUGCGUAUUUCCAUCAGCUUGCGAUGAUGUGAUAACAUCUCCGUAUAAUAGCUUUUUUGCCUUGACCAAAAUUCACGAGUUUUCGAAUUGCGUUUUACCCGUUUCGAACGACGCGUUGUUAAACAUUUUAAAUAGUAAAAAACUGAAAGAUAAAGAAAAUGACAAAAAUGAUUAUUCAAAGAUGAAUAAUAUAGUGGCCAAUGUAAUUGUAAACUUAACAAGUUCUAUGCGAUUUGAAGGAUCAUUAAAUGUGGAUAUAAAUGAAAUAUGCACAAAUUUAAUUCCUUACCCUUUUUUUAAUUUUAUGCUAUCAUCUUUAAGCCCUUGCACAGAAACGGAAAAUAUUAGAACAUUUGACCUUUUAUUUAAAAAUGUUUUGAAUCAUAAUAAUCAAAUGCUUAUUGCCAACCCAAAGGAUGGUCUCAGUUUGUCUAUGGCUUUUUUAGUUCGGGGAAAUAUCAAAAUUUCAGAUGUUACCAAGAAUAUAUUAUUAACGAAGAAUAAUUUGAAUAUUUUACGGUACAAUAAAGAUGCCACCAAAAUAGGCUUAUGCAAUGUGCCUCCUUUAAACCAGCCAUAUAGCUUACUGUGUCUAAUUAAUUCGUGUGAAAUACGAAACACCUUUUUGCAAAUUUUGGAAAGAUUUAAUAAGUUAUUUAAAAGAAAGGCACACCUGCACCACUAUUUGGAAUAUCUAACUAUGGAUGACAUUUUAGAAUUUAAGGAGAAAAUGCAAAAUUUGAUUUAUGAAUAUAGCUAUAUUCAGAAAAAUUCAUUUUGUUCACCUAAAUUUUUAGAUAAAAAUACCAUCAAUAUUUUGGGGUAUGACGUGUGUGAGGGGGAGGAUGUGAAGGGAGAGAACUACACCAGUGAAGACAACGCGUGUCCGCACUAUUUGAGGCCUAAAAUGAGCAAGUAUGAUAGAAGUGCCAACUGGUUUGACUUUAAA